GUAGAACAAUGCUUGAAGCGCCUAUGGAAAAUGAACUUGGUGGGCUGCAUUGAAACUCUGGCAGAACUGAUUCCCAAGAGAAACACAUCCCAAGCCCAUGCAGAGUGCUUAGUUCCCAGCCAGCCUGUGCUGGAAACGGUGGCCCUGAAGGUAUUGGGAGGUUGCAAGCUCAUAGUACGUCUGCUGGACUGUUGCUGUAAAGCUUUUCUCUUGUCCGUUAAACAUCUCUGCUCGGAAGAAUUCAUCCUUUUGAACACUGUGGCUUCGGGGUUGUUGAGCCGGCUAUGGAUUCAGUACAGGUGUGUAUUGCAGAGCCUCAUGUCCUUGUAUGGCAUGUUGUCGACAUCACUUCACCUGGUAUCUGAGACCCAACAGAUGCCUUAUAUCAAGGGGUUUACCUUCCCUUCUGAUAUCCGUAACUUCCUUGGAGUUAACAUCUCUUCUGAGGUGAAGAAGCAAAAGGCUAGAAUGCUUACGACAAAAAAACCUACCAACUGGCUGAAGAAGCACUUCUCAACAAGGCCAGAGGUUGGGAAAAAGAGAAACUUUGUGACCUGCAUGAGUGCUGUGAAAAAACAUAGCAUCCCGUGCCCUGUGGACAUCGGAGAGCCAGUUCUGGUGACCAGAGCCAGCAGAGGGAAGCACCUGGGAUCUGAUCUGAAGAGCUUGCUUAGACCAUCCAGACCUCCAACACAAGAGGGUAUAAGUAUUGCAUCCACACCUUUUAAAGCAAAGCUGGCAUCCCAUUCCUCUUGUAUAGCAAAAUGGCAGCACACUGAAUCUCUUGUACAGAUGGUCCAAAGAGCUGCGUCGUUUGGGGAACUGUCAGAGGCACUCAGAAAAGCUAUUCUGUGGUGCAAAGGCAAUAAAUUCAAAUCAGCAGUUUAUUUUCUGCGUAACAAGUUGUUGAAAAGCAACCGGCUGCACCACGUGGAGGCUCAAGGAUGCAGCUUGAAGAAAAAACUGCGCUGUGUCAAAACAUCCAUCCGUAAAUACCUCCUACACGGGGCACAAAAUGCACACUGGCCAAAGCAGUACCGUGGGGCACGGCUCUGUCGGAGGAGGAUCAGAUCAUCCACAUGCUUCAAGAGAACCCUAAAGACUGUUCAGCAAAAACCUUUGGAGCUUUUUGGGGUCUGUGAGAACAAUGCAUCACCCAUCCUCCCAGUUUACCAGGAUGGGCCUCCGAGGUGGGAAGGACGUUCCAAUGCUGAUACAGGCCAUGUCAAACUAAGCACAGCAGGGCCCCCUAAGCAGCUGCUGGAAGGAAGCUCUGGCCCUGUGUGGAAAGAAGCUUCUGAGAACAUGGAUAUUGAUUCUAUUUUUGCAGCAAUGGGUGUCUGA